AUGCUCUUGUCGUGCGUGAACACUAAAAAGAAGAAACGGAAGGUAAGCACUUUGGACGAAGACAGCAUUAGCAUGUGGCUAGAAUCACGUGGAACGCCGUUGCCCAAUGGACGCGUGACCGUCUCAUCGUCCCGCACACAAUCUCCUCCAGCUCCAGGAUUAGGAUUCGAACGGAUGCUGGCAUCAACGACGACGAUAUGCCAUAACAUUCGACAGCAGCCGACGCAAUCGCCAAUACCCAUGCCUGAAUCUUUUGGCAUCGUUAUCGUAGCCGAUCUGGACAAGAAAUCGAAGGAUAACAGUAGCAAGAAGCCGCAAUUUAUGUCUUUUAUCAUGCACGCCACGCUCAAGGUCACUUCUAGCAGCUUAAGAGCGACUUCCAAACGCGACAAGUACUCUGUAGUUUUUGGAGACGAAACUAAGUUUUUAUCGAGUAUGAAUGAGGCUGGACGCGGCUUUGAAUUGAGCGAACUGGCCUGGUUUGGGGGCAAGCUGCUAGCGUUUGAUGAUCGUACAGGCAUCGUUUAUCGACUGAAGCAUUUUGAGAGUGUGAGCAAGUCGAAACCUCUGCAAGCUAUUCCAGAGCAUAUAAUAAUGGAAGGAGACGGGAUUAAUGGCAAAGGACAAAAACACGAGUGGGCCACGGUUAAAGAUGCAAUCAUGGACUCUAAUGGUGAUGUACACCAUGAAGACUGGACAGCAAAUUACGGAGCGGUGCGGAAGGCUUUAGGCUGUGAAUGGCCUGGGUACGUAGUGCACGAGGCCAUUGAAUGGAGUCCCAUACGCCGGCAAUGGUUUAUUCUGCCUCGACGCAUCAGUACUGAAAAAUACAACGAUAUGGACGACGAAAAACGUGGCUCAAACAAAUUUAUAAUAGCGAGCGAGGAUUUUAGCAGUAUACAGGUUCACGAAGUUGGCAAGAUUACGCCUUUGCGUGGAUUCUCGUCGUUCAAGUUUGUUCCACGGUCUGAUGAUUCCGUUAUUGUAGCUAUUAAGAGUGUGGAGGUGGAGGUUGAACAGCACCAGACGUCUUACAUUACCGUAUUUGAUGUUGAUGGAAAUGUGUUGAUGGAAGAGACUGAGAUUCCGGGUGCUAAAAAGUACGAGGGUGUUGCUUUUGCGCAUGACUGGUCUUCAUAG